GAGUUUGUUUGUUAGUUACUUGCAUUUUAAAAGUAGAAUAAUCAUUAAAGCAAACUUCUUACAUUCAGAAAAUUCAAGAAAUCUGAUUAGCUAAUGCCGAACAGAAAAAUUUUUUUGGCUUGUUCAGACAAUUCAUAAAUUAUAUCUUGGUCCCCUUCUGUUUUGACUUUGUUUAUCAAGAAAAAAAUGGCUGCUGAAUCAAAUGUCAGCGAGGAGUUGAGAAAUUGGUUGGAAAACGAAGGACGCACACGUUUCGUAGAAGCAAUGAAUUUGUCAAAUGAGUGUGCAAAAAGUGAUCCAGACAACGAGCCUCACAAAUCUAAGUACGCUGCAAGAGAAGUCUUGUUAGAUCUAAAAGAUAAAUUGGAUUCAUUUGGUGAUGUUGAUUUGAAAAUUCGUUCCCUUCGAAGUGUCGUUAUGUAUGAGCUUGCAUUAAACCACAUAGAGACUGACGAAAUCAGCACUGGAGAAGAUUAUAUCAAUACUAUUAUGAAGGAUAUAGAAGAAUGCAAAUUCAACCCAGAUUUUGGAGUGGUAAUGUUGAAAUGUUUACAACAACUUGGUAUGAUAUGGAAUGAACGAGGAGACUUUGAUAAAAGUUUACUUAAUUUCAAUAAAGCUGAAAUUUUUUAUAAUAAGUAUAAAGAAAUGGAAGUCAAUUUACCACUUAGUGCAGAAAUGCUGUUUCAAGGCAAAGAUAGCAGCCAAGAUAUUGCCAUUGAAUUUGAAAACUUGCAUACUUACACGCUGUUUUACUUGACACAAUUAUUCAAGAACAAUAACGAAUAUAGGAAGUCCGCUGAGUACAGUCAUAAGACAUUACAACGACAACUGUCUACAAAGCAAUAUGUUCCUGAAGACUGGGCACUCCAUGCUGCAACAUUAUCUCAAUAUCAUAUCGUACAAGAUGAUUAUGUCAGUGCUAGACAUUGUUUAGCUGCAGCAAACCAAAUUAUAAAUGAAUGUGAUGUCUCAGUAUAUAGUGAAGAGAAGAAGGAAAAAUUUUGUGAAACUAAAGCAAACAUUCAUCUUUGCUGGAAUAAAUAUUGUUUGAAUUUGUUACGACUCUCAGCAGAAAAUCAAUCUGAGAUAAACAACAACAAGAAUAUCAUGCAAUUUGAAGGUGUUCAGUUGUCUACAAUAGAAAAUGAAGUGCCUUUUGAAGCAGUGAAUGCUUUUGAACAGGCUCGUCUUUUGUUUCUUGCUGGUCAACAGUAUCUGAACUUGGCAAAACAGUUUUACAAACUGGAUGGUUAUGUUGUCAAAUAUGUUGAAAUAAUACAAGACCACAGUCAACUGUUCAAAUACUUGUCUGCAUUUGAGGAUGAUUUAGAAAGGAAAUGUAAGAUGUACAAAAGAAGAAUUGACAUGCUUGCUCAAGUAUAUACUGAAUUAAACCCCCAACAUUACUUAUUGAUUUGUCGACAGUUGAUGUAUGAGAUUGCUUCUAUCUAUGAUGAUAUGGCAGAUUUAAAGAUGGAGAUUGUAAAAACAUUCCAUGGUAAUAAACCAUCACUUCACCAAAUACACAAAAUUAACUCCCUUCAUGAAAAUUGCGCAAAGUAUUUUGCAAACUUUAUUCAUUCAUUCAAGCAAAAUGGGAGAUUACCAGAUAAGUUUGAAAGCAAUGUACUUCGAGUCAUUUUAUUGGCUCAUGUACAUCUUGCCCGUGCAUACACAAAGCAAAUUUAUGCUACGACAGAAGAAACCUUAAAGAUGCAACAGGCUGCACUGGAUUUGUAUAAAUAUGUUGUUGAUUAUUGUGAUCAUAAUGUUGAGGCUGCAACCGUAUUUCACGAUGAACUCAUUGCUUGUAGAGAAAUGGUCGAUUUAAUUCCCAUGAAACUAGAUAAAAUUAGUCAAACUAAGGUUUAAUAGCUUUAUCCAUAAUUGGAAUGUGUGAAUUGGCUUGUUAAUUGUUAUGAGUAUUUAAUAUUUACAAUGUUUUUAUCGUAGUUUAUCGUAAAAGAAUCAGUCGUGUUUACAACAGUAAAAAAUGUUAAAGAACCAAACUUCGAUAAAAGUUAGUUAAAGUCAAAUAAUUGUCACAACAACAAUUAUGUACUCAAAGCGCACCGACUUUCACCAAAGACCAAUUGAUGGUUUUCUUUACCAACACAGUAAUUAUAUGUUUAAUAUUGGCGAAAGUAUUUAUCGAAUCUUGGCAUGUUUUGUAAUUUAUUGACGUUGACAAGAUUAUGCUGUUACAAAAUAAAUCGCAAAUUUUCCAACAAUAAUACGUUGAUACCAGAAAGAUAUCGUUCUGUCGUGAAAACAGCAAGAAUUUUAAAGACCAAACAAUCAUUAACUAAAGAAUUUCUUUAUGGAAUAUCUCCAUGUUUAACUGCUUUGCAGGCUAAUCGAAGAAAAUUUCAUAUUGUUUACUGUAACGAAGAUGUAAUGGAUACAAACUCAAGACUUGAGUAUAAAAUGAUCAAAGCAUUGGCCAAGAAAAGAAAUAUUACCUUAAAAACAGUCUCCAGAAAAAGAAUGGAUGAACUUGCAGGAAAUAGACCACAUCAGAAUGUUAUCAUUAAAGCUAGCAACCUUUCAUAUAUUGAUUUACAAAAUACCGGUGAUUUCCUACCAAGAAUGAACACGAAAAAGGGAAGAGCUGAGAUUUGGCUGGUUCUGGAUGGAAUACAGGAUCCUAUGAAUAUGGGAGCCAUAUUAAGAACAGCAUGUUUUCUUGGAGUGGACAAAGUCAUUGCUGGUAGAUAUAAUAGUUGUGCUUUGACACCAGUUGUUAGCAAAGCAAGUGCAGGAUGUAUGGAAAUGCUACAAGUCUAUUCAACAAACAUUGUUCAACUACUUGAGGUGUCCUUGAAUGAUUUCAAAAUAGCUGAGCAGAGUCAAAUGUGAAGUUUAUGCAACAGUUCCUCCAAAUUUUACUCCACAAGAUCCAAACUGCUCCAUGGUUCAAGUCAAUCAACAGUUGAAACUUGAAAAACCAUCUUUGCUAGUACUGGGUAAUGAAGGCAAAGGAUUAUCACCUGAAAUCUUGAAAUUAUGCACAAAGUACCUGACUAUUUGUAAUCAGAGCAAUAAAAUGCAGCACCUGGAUUCUUUAAAUGUGUCUGUUGCAGCUGGUACAUAACAAGUCAAUAUGCAGCAAUUGUACAAAACAAUAUACAAUAUUUUACCGAUGUGUUA